CACAUCUCAAAGAAAAGUAGUUUGUCCUAUUCUCGUUGUACGAAGGUUUGUCAGCUCAUAUUUGAUUCCAAAGAUUUGAGGACCGAAAGUGCUCAUCAUGGAUACCAACAACGAUGGGGUGCCUUUCCACGAUAGCAUCCAUCCUCCGGAUCUUAUUCAUCUAAACAUGGACACAAAGGCCAGUGAUUCUUCUCCUGUCCCUUCGCCCGACUCUCCCCUUUCGACACCUCCGGAUUCCCCCCGCCGUCCAUCUUCUGCCUUUAGAAAUGGGAAUUCUCUGGAUACCGCUGACAGCAACGAAGAGGAGGAAGAGAAAAAAGAAGAGGACGACGGAAACCAAGGAACCGAGAAAGAAUAUCUUGUUGCGGAAGAUGUGCCCCUAGACGAACAGGAGAACAACGUUGGAAUGAGUAGUAACAAGAACACUGUUAGCACCAACUCCGAAACUGGAAACAUCGAACUUCCGAGCGACGAACCCGCGAAAAUUGCAGCGAGCACUGUCAUGGAUGAACCCGAAAUCAAGGAAGAAGAGAAAACAAAAAUAGCAGAUACGCCGACUUCGCAAUCAGAGAAGAGCGACGGUACACCCUUUGACGAGGCAUCCAAGAAUUCCAAACAGAACGAGAUGGAAGAUACCAACGACAAGUCUGACCAAAAGAGCGAGGACGAGCAAGAUGCGGAAUCGGCCUCGGUCCCCGACGACGAAAAGAAGUCUAACGAUAUGUCUCCACCUAAGGUGGAAGCAACAAAAAUAGAAUCCAUCAACGAUACGACCUUUGAAGACACCAACAGCGAGGAGAGCGAAGAGCCCCCAUCUCUAUCGUCGCCAGCUCUAUCGCUAGUCGAGAAAAUGAAGAAACGUCUGUCGGAUCAGGGGUUAUCGGGUUUUUCUGAGUCUGAGGAAGACAUGAAAGUUUCGAAAGAAGCAACAUCGCCACCACGGAUCGUGGUGAAGGGCGAAGAUAUCAACACGACCGUUGGCGACAAGAAAACACCCGAAGCUGCAAGUGACAACGAUGAUGUCGACGUUAGCGAUGAUGUUGAUGUUGAUGUUGAUGCUGAUGUUGAUGUUGAUGUUGAUGUUGAUGUUGAUGCUGAUGUUGAUGUUGAUGUUGAUGUUGAUGUUGAUGCUGAUGUUGAUGUUGAUGUUGAUGCUGAUGCUGAUGCUGAUGCUGAUACAAAUGCUCACAAUGAUUUCGAUGCAGAAGAACCACAAGAACCACCAUCUCUCUCUAAUGUCCGUGAUGGUGGUGCCGAUGCCGAUCCCAAACCCGGCAUUGAUUUCGACGCAGAAGACCUACAAGAACCACCAUCUCUUUCUGAUGUUCGUGAUGGUGGCGCAGAUGGUGACGACAAUGUCGAUAGUAACUUCGACGCAAAAGAAUCACAGGAACCACCAUCCCUUUCUGAUGUUCGUGAUGGCGAUGUCAAUAGUGAUGGCGAUGAUGUUGGCGAUGAUGAUGCCAACGACGACGCUGCUGCUGCUUUCCAUGUAGAGGAGCCGCCAUCACUUUCACGGGUCGAAGAGGCAAUGAAGCGAACGUCACUGAUGGUUAAAAAGCACAAUAAAAGGCGUGGAAAGAUAUCGACGCCUCAAGUUGCGACUAAAACCGAGGCAAUAAAGCCACUUGUUGUGUCAGAAGUUGGCGCAGGGACCACAGCUAACUCAUCCAACACGAACGAAUCCGAACGAUUGGCUGCUUUGCAACGAGACAUCAAUUCAUUGAAAUCAUCGCUCUCCAACAUGAACACUCAACUACGUGUCAACAAGCCGGAUAAAAAAACUGCGGAAGAUGAGAUUGGACCUGACGAUGAAGAAGCCAGUCAAUUGCAGCAAUCUGCUGCACCCAUCUCGCCGCCGAACGGAGAAGUCGACCCCAGAAAGAAUACGAGCAUUCAUGUCAACAGAGAUGUACCGUAUGGUGGGAGGAUCAAUAGAACUUUGUUCUCCAACAGCCCGGACCCCGUCGAUCCGUAUGCAAGCGAUGAAGGAGAUGAAAUUAUGAAAACCACGAAGUCUAUUCGAUCCAAAAUGGUUGAGGAUACAAACAUCACCGUCGAAACCACAGAAUUGUCCUUCUCGCACGACAAGUCUAAUCACACGCGCUCUGCGACCGAAUAUCGCAAAAUGACUCCAAAGAAAGAUUUGCAGGUUUCGGACAAAAGUCACGGGUGGCUGCAAGAAGAACUUCGGAGAAGAGCUGGCAUGAAACGCGAAAUCAAUAAUGCGAUUGAAGCAAGAGGAAAACACAGCACGGACGGCAACGUGGUUAUCGAUGAACUUCCAUCGAUAUCGUCACCUCCUGAGUUGCGAAACAGCCAAUUUUCAUUGGACGAAGAAGUGGCUGCUAUCACAGCAAACGACGAAAGGAACCUGUCGAUGGUCGAUCAAGGGAAGAUUCCUUUGGAUGGACCAAUACCCCGACAGCUCAAGUAUGAUGAACAAGGUUUUCAGCCGGUCUUCAUGUACCAAGAUCUCCAACACGAGAUGAUGAAGUUUGCGAGCGAAACCCGAGCAGCUUUACGCGAACAGUCUUUCACGGAUAUUGUACAAGACCCUUUGUCUAGCGCUGUGCCGGUUGCCUUCAGUAGCCCCAUGUCUAUCAACCAGUCGAUGGAAACUGGGAAGCCAGACACAAAUCCUGAUUUUCAAAUGAAUGCUGUUACAGGUUCGACGAAAGGUAGCAAGAAAACGAACGGGCCAGUCAAAAUAAAUAUAAUCUUUUCUGACUUGGAGGCUGGCGAAGCACCAAUAAUGUUGAACACCAUGGAUUCCUUUGAUGGUAUCGCCACGGGUGACAUAUUUUUAUCCCUGUUGAGUGAUAAUACUGGAAGAACAGAAAAAUCUGCUGCCGCUACUUGGGCUAAUCGAGUUCACGCAGCGAUUUGGAGAGCAAGAAGAAUGCGUACCGACUUGAUGCAAGUGUCUGGCGAUGCUCAACAACCUAUUGUUAUGGGUAGUUCUCAGACUGUAGCUUCUGUGCAGCGAGCUGCUCUUUUGCACUUGAAGCGCGAUGAGAUCAAAGAAUCCAUCAAUCUAAUCGAGGGCAUAAUAUUUGCGUACUACUCCUACUUUGAAAGGUCUCUCAACCUCCAGGAGAAGAAUAUGUCCACGGAUACAGGUAUUGCUACAAUAGACUUCAAACCAUACAUAGGCACAGCCUUGCAUAAUCUUGGUGUCCUCAACCUUUUGGACGGGAAUUACGAAGAAGCUCUCUCAUAUUUUAUUCGUGCCGUCGAAAACAGAAAAGGAUACUUGGGUGAGGACCAUCCACACUGUAUUGUAAGUUUGAAAGGCCCGUAUUACAGCGUUGUUUGAUCUGCUUUGUAGAAUUCCAUUUUCUCACUUAUCGUUUGCAGUCUUCUUUAGUACGUUUGGCGAUAUGCCGCUAUGCACUUAACCAGUUCGCCGAGGCUCACGCUGGCCUAGAAGAAGCGCUUGUGUGUGCUAAAAGGAAACGUCAACGCAGUAAGGCAACACUAGAAGACCGUCUGCAAAUGGCAGAGAUUCUGAAUAAUCUUGGGUGUCUUGCAUACAUGAGUGGACAACCUACUACAGCCAGCUCUUAUUAUCGCGAAUCAAUGGACAUCCAAUUUGGAGCGUUGAGUGAUAGUUUGUAUCUCGGAAACGCCAUGUCAGGGCAAUCAAUCUCUCUGAACAUAUCCAUAGCAAGAGCAAAUAUCGGAUUUAUCAAGUUGGUCACGAAAGACCUACCGAUAGCAAUCACUGCGCUGGAAAAUGCGCUCAUGGAGCAGCAAAUUUUGCUCAAAGGUACUAACGACACUUUAAUUGCAACCAUGGACCACUUGGCUUUAUCGAAUCUUUUGAACGGAGCUCAAGACAAAUCUGCAUUGGUAAGCAUUUUCGUUGGACGCAUCGCAAGAGUAGUGACUGUGGUCGUCAGGUCCGUCUUAACUAACAGGUUUCUUCAUCUAUGAUCUUUUUAUUUUCCCCAUCAGAUGUACAAUCGAAUCUUGACACUGCAACAGAGAGAAUAUGGAGCCCAUGACAGGCGUUGCUUUGUUACUGUUGACAAAAUCAACAUGGUUCAAGGGAAAGGGAUUCAGUACGAAGGUGCCAUUGAGGAGUUACGAAAGACUUUUAGUUU